AAACCUGAUACCGCUUUUGGCCCUUUAAAGGAAAGUGGGAUGAGUCUACUGAAUGGAGCUCCGACAGAAGUUUGACCGAAGGCUCCCACAGAAAGAAAGCAACAGCAGCAGUGGCGGGAGACACGGAGAAGCUGCACAGCAGAGGACAACUCCCGCAAAAGUAAUGAAUGAGUGAGUGCGGGAAAGCGGGAGAAGUUAUGAUCCGAGUCCAGACGAGUAACCGGGGAGGAAGGUGUCCGUGAGCGGAGGCAGCCGACAGAGGAGAGACAACAGUCACAAGCCAGAGUCCAGUGGCCGAAGCCUGAUUACUUGCCAUGGCUGACGUGUUGGAAAGCAGUGGAUCAGAAUCCGUAGGAGUGUCCAACGCGGACUGGCAGAAACGCUGCAUCGCUCUGGAGAUGCAGCUGCUGAGGUUCCGUCUGCAGGCGGGAAAAAUUCGGGAGCUGCUGGCAGAGAAGAUGCAGGAGCUGGAGCAGAGGGUGAUGGAGGCUGACCAGAGGGCCGAGAAAGCAGAGAAACAGAUCCACAUCAUGGAAGAAAAGCUGAAGUCAGCAAACAUACAAACCGGCGAAUCAGACAGCUCCCUGUAUAGGAAGUGCCACGAGCUGACCAAUCAGGUCCAAGAAAAAGACGGUGUCAUAAAGAGACUGGAGGUGCAGCUGGAACAACAGAUCCUGGUUAGAGCGCAGGAAGCAAAGAUUAUUGAGGAAAAAGCUGCCAAGAUUAAAGACUGGGUCACCCUUAAGCUCAGAGAGAUGGAGCUGGAGAACCAGCUGCUGAAAUCCUCUAAUGUAAAACAGACGGCGCAGAUCCUGCUGCUGCAAGACAAACUUCAAUCUCUUCUAGAGAAAUCUUCCUCAUCGGGAUCUCCUGCGACCUCCCCUGUGAUGGAUACCCACCUGGUGCCCAACAGCCCGCUGUUUCCUCCCAGCUGCCCCGGCACGCCUCCUGCCCAAGAUGACAGCUGGAGGCAGACCAGUCUUCGUGGGACCACCUCAGUUAUCAAAACCCCGCCAACAGAAGUCAAAAGGACUCCUGAACUGGUCAGUAAAGGGAUUAGCCUCAAAGACUUGGCCGCUCAUGAUGGUCCAGGAUGGACCAGCCACCCGGUGGAUGCUGAAGUCCACUCCGGGAGCUCCGACAAAGACAACUCCUCUGAUGAGCUAAACAGCAAGUUCCGCUCUCAGUGCCUUCACUCAUCUUCCUCGUCUUCCUCAUCAUCGUCCACGUACGAGAUGGCCCAUGGGCCGAGCUCUCCCGAGUCCAGUAUGAGAAUAGCACCCAAAAGCCCUCUCCUGUCCCGCUCUCCCUCCACCAACAACCCCUUUCCCAGCCCCCCCCAUGGCACCAGCAUGACGCUGCCUAAAGUCCGGACUCCGCUCACCCCCAGAGACAGCAUCCAGCUGGUCAAGAAGCACUACAGCCAGCCCCAACCAAGCCUGGACCGACUCCACCACCUCAACGUCAACAUCGACAUCACCACACCUUCCUCAGCUUCCUCCACGCUGAAGAGCACGAGCACCGCCACCUCACCCUUCUCCCAGCUCGUGGAGGAAACAGACAUCGACGACGGGCUCCUGGAUUGCAUGGAUGGAGUAGAGGAGGGGCCGCGGCUGGAGGAGCCGUCUCGAGAUGGGGUUUCUUUUGUGGGACUUGCAGAAGAGCUGGAGCGGCUGGAUCCAGAAGUUCUUAAGCCUCCAACUCCUCCUCUGCAUCGCUUCCCCUCAUGGGAGAGUCGCAUCUACGCCGUGGCUAAGUCAGGGAUGAGAGUGUCUGAGUCCAGGAGCCUGGGACGAGCGAAUGGUCAAGCAUUUACCAGUACGAUAAAAGAUCUACCCCAGAAUCCUGCUGCAGGUCCGUUCACCCAGCUGGUCUACAAGAACAUUAAUGUUCCAGUUUACACCACACUCAAAGGGAAAGCCACUCAGAUUAGCAGUGUUCCUCUGCUGGAUGAUGACUCCGGUUCGGAGGAUGACAGCUGCUCUCUUGCCAGUUUACGAACUUCCACCCUGAACCCAGAAAAGAAGAGCAGCGUUCCUGGGAGUCCGCGUGCUGUAAAGAGAGGUGUGUCCAUGUCCUCCAUCAGCUCAGAGAGCGAUUACGCCAUUCCCCCUGAUGCCUAUUCCCUGGACAGCGACUACUCUGAGCCAGAACAUAAAGUCCAGCGCACCUCCACCUACUCCUGCGAGAGCUCUGGGCCUGAGACGCUGGAGAAGUCCGGCUACCUGCUGAAGAUGAGCAGUCAGGUAAAUGCCUGGAAACGGCGCUGGUUCAUCCUGAGGAAUGGAGAGAUCCUCUACUACAAGUCUCCUAGCGAUGUGAUCAGAAAACCUCAGGGUCAGAUUGAGCUGAAUUCGUCGUGCUGCAUCGUUCGCGGGGAGGGAGCUCAGACCUUUCAGCUGAUUACAGAGAAGAAGACCUUCUAUCUGACCGCUGACUCGCCCAACAUCCUGGAGGAGUGGAUCCGAGUUCUGCAGAACAUUCUCAAAGUCCAAGCCAGCAGUCCGGUUGCUGUGGAGACUAGGCAGAAACCCACUGUCAGAGGGUGGCUCACAAAGGUCAAACAUGGACACUCAAAGCUGGUGUGGUGUUCUUUGGUAGGAAAGGUCUUCUGCUAUUAUCGCAACCAGGAGGACAAGCUGCUGCUGGGUCAGCUGCAGAUGAGAGAGGCUUCAGUGCAGGAGGUGGAUCGCUCUUGUGAUUCGGACGAGGACUACGAGACGAGCAGCCGAGGCUUCCUCUCUUCUCACUGCACCUUAGUGGUCCAACCCAAAAACCAGAGUCCUACCUACCUGCUCAUUGGCACCAAGCAGGAGAAGGACACCUGGUUGUAUCACCUGACUGUGGCAGCUGGCUUCAGCGCAAACCUCAAAGUGGGAACCGAGUACGAGCAGCUGAUUGGUCAACUCCUGGAUGCAGAAGGAGAUCCAGAGUCAGAGCUCUGGAGGAGCGAGGCCUUGAGUUUCUGUAAGGAGGGUCUGCACUCUCCUCUCACCACUUUACCAUCUGAAGCUCUGCAGACCGAAGCUCUCAAGCUUUUCAAGUCCUGCCAGCUCUUCAUCAACGUUCUGGUUGAGUCUCCUUCCAUUGAUUACCACACCUCGCUGGCCCAGAAUGCAUUGCAGGUGUGUUUGACCCACCCAGAGCUGCAGAAUGAAGUUUACUGUCAGCUGAUCAAACAGACCAACGGCCGGACGCCACACAACCACUCCCUCACGCAGUGUUGGCAGCUGCUUUCCCUGUGUGUGGCGCUGUUUCUCCCUCAGCAACACUUCCUCUGGUACCUGAGACGGUACCUUCAGCACAACGCAGACCCCAGGACUGAGGUGGGGAAAUACGCCGUUUACUGCCAGAGAUCUUUGGAGCGAACGCUGCAGAACGGCGAGCGGGAAGCUAAACCUUCUCGUAUGGAGAUUGUCUCCAUCCUGCUGAGGAACCCCUACCACCACUCGCUGCCUUUCAGCAUCCCAGUUCACUUGAUGAACAACACCUACCAGGUGGUGGGGUUUGAUGGCUCCACCACGGUGGAGGAGUUUCUGAGCACGCUGAACCAGAGGAUCGGCGUGAGGAAGUCGACGCUGACGGGCUUCGCCCUCUUCACCGAUGAUCCUUCUGGUAAAGACCUGGAGCACUGCCUACAGCCCUCGCUUAAGAUUUGUGAUGUCAUUUCCAAAUGGGAGCAGGCUCUGAAGGAGCUGCAUCCUGGGAAAAAUGAAGGAACUCGGAUUGUUCGGCUAACGUACAAAAACAGGCUGCGCUUCAGGUCUCAGGUAAAAGGAGAGACGGAGCGUGAGCGCCUCCUGCUGGUGCACCAGGUGAACGAUGAGGUCCUGCAGGGCGUCUUUCCUGUGAACAAAGAGCUGGCCCUGGAGGUGGCGGCCCUCAUGGCUCAGCUUGAACAUGGUGAUUUUGAGCGAUCGGGCGUGUCCUCUCAGUCCAAAUCUCAGCUGAUUCUGCUGCAGGCGUUGGAGCGUUUCUACCCAAAACGCUACAAACAGGAAUGCAGCUCAGAGCAGCUCAGAGAUCUAACCGAGUGUUUGGCCACCAAGUGGUCCAUGCUCUGCGGGUGCAGCGCGUCAGAGUGUGUGAGGAUAUAUCUAACUGUUGCUCGGAAAUGGCCUCUGUUUGGAGCUAAACUCUUCAGCGCCAAGCCCGUCCCUCCAUCUCCUGUCCAGCAGAGCCAGGUGUGGCUGGCAGUCAGCGAGGACGGUUUGUGUGUGCUGGACGGCACGAUGCACACGUUGGUCACGCACCCGUACCAGUCGGUGAUUACCUUUGGUGGUUGUCGGGACGAUUUCAUGGUGGUCACCAGCCAGCAGAGGGAGUCCGGCGUCGGGAAGAAGAGGGUGGAGAAGUUGGUGUUUGCGAUGACUAAACCAAAGAUCCUGGAGCUGACGCUGCUCAUGGCCAGCUACAUUAACCACUGGAACCCCAGUCUCCCAUGCGCCUCCCCCCAGCCCCUCACCCACUGGGACGUGGACAGCAGACACUUCCCCUCCAUGAGCUACACCACCAAGGGUCCGACCUUACUGUGAAAAGCUGCAGGGAGGCUUCCUGACAGCAGCUACUGUUGGGCUGCGCCAGUUUUUAUGGAGCAAAACUCUGGGUUUAAUUUGAUUUAAGUGGCCUGACUUUUAAAUAGCGCAGAUUCCUUUUUAUUGGACUAUUUAUACCGACAGGAACUUGGUCCCAGUUUCAUUUUCAGCUUUACGUCUUUUUCUAAUAAGUUAAAGGAUCUGCUUAUUGUAAAGAAAGCAUCCAUUUAGUCAUAACUGCUGUGUAAUUAACUAACAUUGAUUCUUUUACGGUACAGACCAGGUGAAAAGGAGUCAGUCUCAUGUGGCGGUGCAGAUUUAGAGAUUUUAGAAACGUAUUAUUUUUAUUUUUAGGUUUACAGAAAUUAUCUGUUUUUGUCGGGCUGUAGUUCUUCCUUUUUUCUGAUUUUUAAAUCAUCCAAAGUGUCUUUACAACAAAUGUUAGUAUUUGAGUUGCUAAUUUUUAUUAUGGUGAUAAUUUAGUUUAAAUAUUUUCUACGUUUUCCAUGCAAUAAUUGGACCAUCAUCCACACAUAAGGGACUUUUUAUGCUUGUUUUAGUUUACAUAUGUAGCCUAAAUCAGGCCAAACACUCUCAGAUGAAAUAUCACUUUUAUUUUUAUUUUAGUUUUUAGUUUUUUCUCCCAUUACCUGUCCAGCUGUAAAGCAAUCAGAAAGACUCUCUGAAUGUCGAAGACAAGCCUUACAGUUUUACUCACAGGUGGAGCAGUAUAGCUUCAGCUAUAAUGCCUUGCCUGAUACCAAAACUUAAUUAGAAAUGUCUUUGAUUGUUUUAAAUCUCAGCGGACACAGAGACAAAAAUGAGAGAGAAAGGAGAGCGAGGAUAGGAAGAGGUGGGGGGAUAAAGGUCAAAACAAAGGAUGUACAAGAAUCUGCUUCUAGAUCUGCAGAACAAAGAGGAAAAAGGAGACAGAAAAAAUACAACAGAACCAAAAUAUCACUGCGCCAACAUGAGGAUAUAUAACAGUAACAAUUUCUGCUGAAAGGCACACUGUAAUAAUCUAUAGUGCAUUUAGCGCCAACCACAGCCUUUAUGUAUUAAAAAUGUCCAAGUCCAUACUUGUGAGCACCUUUGUGCGUACACACUCUUGUGUAUGUUAGGUUUCUCUAUAGAAGUGUCCAAUAGUAAUGGUGUGAGGGACCACCGACGAUGGAGGAGUUCCAUAUAUGUUCCAGAUAAAAUAUUAUUAAUGAAUUCAGAAUAAACAGAAGAGCAGAAACAUAUUUAAUGGGGAUCAUUAAAAAUACUUGAUAAAAUUUAUUUCAUGAUAACACAUUUUUCUAUAAAAUGCUUCAGAUCCACAUUAAAACCCCUCACUGCUCCAGUUUAAUUAUCAAACAUGUUUUAUGACUUGAACAGUUUUGGAUAAACCACUGUCUAACUUUUGUUUAUAUUUGUAAUUUAUUCUCUCUUUAUAUCAAAAGAUGGCUUGAAAUAGAUUUUUUACACAACGUUUUCAUGAUGAAACGGUUUCUGUGGGCUUGCUGAGUAAUAAUUUAAGUGCUGUGUUUGUUGGGUUACUGUGUUAAAAUGUGGAACGAAUGUUUAAAUGUUGCUUGGGAGCAUGUGAGCUAAUAAACUAAAUGGUACAAUA